GCCAGACAAAGAUGGGUUUAAGUCGGGGAACCGCAAGGGGAUUUUGCUUGGUAGGGUUGGGAGGGUCUUUCUGUACGAGUGUGAGUGGUGUGGAUUUGGCUGGACGAGUCAGGCGCAGAUGGAGUGUGUUUUGGCUUGGAAGGAAAGCUAGAUAUCUGGGCUGGAUAGAGACUUUCGGCCUACGACAGUGUCGGGAAAGAAAAGACGACAUUAAACUAGACCGUAAUAUGGGCAGUCAUCCGACUGACACGGACGUUCCUGACACGGUUCAACGGUCCGAGCUUCCUGAAGAAUACCCCCGCAUUUUAUGCCGCUGGACUGAUCCUUUUGGGAAGUGAGUGAAUGAGUAAAUAGCAC